GUGCGCGCCUCUGUCGUCGUCUUUGAGGGAGGAGGCAGCAGCAGUGAUGGCAGCGAUGGCAGCCCCAGCGAGACCGCGCCGCGUGCUCGAGGAGGACUUCUCCAAGAUCGAGUUCGAGACGAGCGAGGAGGUGGACGUGACGCCCACCUUCGACUCCAUGGGGCUGCGCGAGGACCUGCUGCGUGGCAUCUACGCCUACGGUUUUGAGAAGCCCUCGGCGAUCCAGCAGCGAGCCAUCAAGCAGAUCAUCAAGGGCCGUGACGUCAUCGCACAGUCUCAGUCCGGUACGGGGAAAACGGCGACCUUCUGCGUGUCGGUGCUCCAGUGCCUGGACACUCAGGUCCGGGAAACCCAAGCCCUCAUCUUGUCUCCAACAAGAGAGUUGGCCACACAAAUACAGAAGGUGCUGAAGGCGCUGGGAGACUACAUGAGCGUUCAGUGCCACUCCUGCAUCGGCGGCACCAACGUGGGCGAGGACAUCCGCAAGCUGGACUACGGGCAGCACGUCGUGGCCGGCACACCGGGCCGGGUCUUCGACAUGAUCCGUCGCAGGAAUCUGCGUACGCGUGCGAUAAAGAUGCUGGUUUUGGACGAAGCGGACGAGAUGCUCAACAAAGGCUUCAAGGAGCAGAUCUACGACGUGUACCGCUACCUGCCCCCGGCGACGCAGGUGUGCCUCAUCAGCGCCACGCUGCCGCACGAGAUCCUGGAGAUGACGAACAAGUUCAUGACGGACCCCAUCCGCAUCCUGGUCAAACGUGACGAGUUGACCCUGGAGGGUAUCAAGCAGUUCUUCGUGGCCGUGGAGCGCGAGGAGUGGAAGUUCGACACCCUGUGCGACCUCUAUGACACGCUCACCAUCACCCAGGCCGUCAUCUUCUGCAACACCAAGCGCAAGGUGGACUGGCUGACGGAGAAGAUGCGCGAGGCGAACUUCACGGUCUCCAGCAUGCACGGGGACAUGCCACAGAAGGAGCGCGACACCAUCAUGAAGGAGUUCCGCUCCGGUGCCAGCCGUGUGCUGAUCUCCACGGAUGUGUGGGCCCGCGGUCUCGACGUGCCCCAGGUCUCCCUCAUCAUCAACUACGACCUCCCCAACAACCGCGAGCUCUACAUCCACAGGAUUGGCCGAUCGGGCCGCUACGGCCGCAAAGGUGUGGCCAUCAACUUCGUGAAGAACGACGACAUCCGCAUCUUGCGCGACAUCGAGCAGUACUACUCGACGCAGAUCGACGAGAUGCCCAUGAACGUGGCCGAUCUCAUCUAAGAAGAGCGUUCCAUCGGCGGCGGUGGCGCUGGGCCAUCAGAAUCGUCCCUCCGCUCGCUCGCUAAUCCCCGACCCCUCUUGGCAGCGCCCGCAUCUGCCCAGCGCGUUCGUUUUCGUUUGGUUUGUCUGUCUUGUUUUUACAUUUUAGGGGGGCCAUCUGGGGGUCUCCACUUGGCUCUGUGUCGUUCAGUAGACAUUCAGUCCAACUGCCUCGCCACGUGUGCAUUGGCCGAGGAUGCAAACAUGGAAUGUAGAUGAGAAAUUGUUAGGCAGCAGCACGGUGUCACAAGCCAGAAUUCCACAUGCACAACUCCUAGCCUCUGUUGCCCGAUGUGUUUGUGUGUGGUGUUGGGUGGGGUGGGUGUCGCUCUGGUCAGGCAUUUGGGGGGCCCCUCGUCGUGAGAUAACGAUGUGUUCACGUCUCGGUGUAGCUGGGUUAACACUGUGGGCGUGUUGCACCGUCGCCAGCAACACUCACAACCCAUCAUCGCUACACCAUCAUCGGCUCUCGGCAUCAUCGUCAAUAUCGUGACUCGGCACCGCCCUGAGAACUCAAUUGUCCUCAACACCACCACCUUCGUCGUUAACAACACUCGCCACGACCAUCAGUUGUCAAAACACACAACACCUUCAUCGUCGCAGUUUUGGGUGUCGACAACAUGAGCUUUAAUGUGACAGGACUGCGUCGCUCCCCCGAGGCCUCGGUGUUGGCAUCGCAGUCCCACGCAGACAGCGCGCCAUCGGCGGAGGGAGCACACGCCCACACCGACACCGCGGCAUCGUAGAGCACACGACGCGCUCCGUGUGAAGGCGCGCCGCGGGAGAUGGCAGAAGACGCCCACACAGACAACUGUCUCGGCGGGGCCAACGAGGACGCGCGCACACGGGCAAUGCAGUUGUCAAAUAUACGAGGCCGAUGCCUUCACAGGGCGCAGCCUGAGCGAGAGAGCUCAUUGGCAGACCAAGAUCGGUGAAGUAACACGCAGCGGACGAUCACGCUCUCGCAGACGAGAACAAUUCGGUACGACCCAUCGAUAAGCCACUUUCGCUGAGAGCAAUGUAAAACACGCGUGCUCACGGGAGCAAUGUGGAACACGUCGAUUAACACGCUCGCGAACGAGGGCAACGUCGGGGGAUGCACACUAUCGACAAAACCCGUUCCCGCGAACUCUGGGUGAAGCCGGCCUCGCCCCCGAUCACGCCACUGAAAUAAUAAUAACCCGAGAAAUGUGCACAUCCAGCCGCCAUCACCACCACCAUCACCAUCCAUGCCAACCUCGCCACCAUCACCAUCCUUGCCACCACCACCGCACUGAUUCACAUCAGUGGCCAGUAACGUAAAAAAAUCUGUCUUGGCCUCGUGGAGAUUUCACUUUUAUAUUAAACCGCGUGGACUGGUUUUAGGCCCAGCGUUACCAUAAAUGGAAUUUCUAACCCACGUAAGAAUUCCUUCUCUUGAAAAUAAUACCUUGUAAUAAACAUGUCAUUUUGUUAUCCAU